AUGGCACCCAAGGGUAAAGAAGUAGAGAAGAAGGCCGCCGCCAAGAAGGUCGAGAAGGCCCUCGACGCCAAGAAGAAGGUCGUGAAAGGGCAGAAGGGCAAGGUCCAGAAGAAGGUGCGCACCUCCGUCCAUUUCUUCCGGCCGAAGACGCUCAAGCUCGCGAGAGCCCCGAAGUAUCCCCGCAAGUCGGUUCCCAAGCGCCCGAAGCUUGAUGCCUUCGCCAUUAUCAAGCACCCGCUGACGACUGAAUCUGCCAUGAAGAAGAUCGAAGACAACAACACGCUGGUCUUCAUCGUUGAUGUCCACUCGAACAAGCCGCAGAUCAAGGCAGCCGUCAAGAAGCUCUACAACAUCGAUGUGCAGAAAGUCAACACACUUAUCACGCCUCUACACACAAAGAAGGCCUACGUCAGGCUCGCCUCCGACUACGAUGCGUUGGACAUUGCUAACAAGAUCGGUAUCAUC